GCAAACACGUAUCAACUCUUUAAACAGUUCUGAACCGUACACAAUCCGGCUAUAUAACCCGCAGCGGAGGCCUUACAAUCACUUCUCAGAAUGGCGUCGUAUAGGACCAGUAUGUUUGUGGCGUUCACCAUUAUGGUUACAUUGGGAGGAAUUCAUUUCCCAAGGUCCGUUGGAGCAACAUCAACAACAUUGACGACGACGACUACAAGCUCAACCGCAUCUCCAACAAACUCUCCAACACCAACAACAUCCGGGGCAGUUCAAUCGACCACGCCCUCUAAUUCCACUGGUUCCUUCGCUGUGACACAAACUUACAAUCCUCUCAUCUUACUGCUAUCUGCCACCGUCACACUGACUGCGGCAACAGGCUGUAUGAUUAGACUCGGGAACAUUUGAAAGCGAUGUCUUUAACAUAAGUGUCAAAGAAACCUUCUGUGACGUCACAAAACCGAGAAGGUGCUAGAAACUUUUGCCUCCUGUGGACGUGUUUGAAAUUACUGUUUAAAUUGGUAUGAUAUGAUUAUAUGUAAAUCAAGGAUAUCAAAACUGAAGAUGAAUUCAAAUUUAUGGUAAAUCAAGACUUCAAAUAUUACUGUAAUUUACAGAUUUAUACAUGUUGUAUUUGAAACAGGAAUCAAUUACUCAUGAGAUGAUUAUGUCAUUAAAUUAUUUUAAAAAUGAA